AUGGCGGCAACAUAUAUCAAAGGAAUGCAUACCCAUGAAUUUGUCUACAUACUGCCCUGGCUACAGGAUGGACGCAAAGAUGCAAUGCCUUGGCUUGGCACAGGUGGCGAAACAAUGCAAAAAGUGAAGGAACACUUCUCAAACACUAUCGUGCACGUCACGAAAUUUCUCAAGAAAGUGGAGCCGAAGGGUUUGUCGAGGGAAAAUCUCGAUAUGGUAAGCGGAUUAUUCGAAGUUUUUUUAGGACGUCUCGCAAAUAUCUAUUCUUAUCUUUAUCUCUAUGAUGCACUAAGUCUUUAUGCAUAUGCAAUACGGGCGCUUUUCAACGAAACAAGUAACCUGCAGGCCAUAAAUAAUGGAAGCCUUGUUUGGAGUAAAAUGAGGAGAUUGCAGUUUGAAGGUUGCAUUUGUUGUUACUUAUAUCAGAUCCUAACGGACGCUGUGACGGGAUUCUGGUCUACGCAGGAUGGAUCGAUGCCGCUGGAUGAACCGACUUGCGGGUAUCGCAAUGAAAAAUGCACUUAUAUAAUCGAAAUAAUCUCAGCUGCAGCGAUUUUCGCAACCGCGAUCCUGAUCUUCAUAUCCUUCAUCAUUUAUCGCUACUGGUGA